AUGGGUGCCAACCAGUCUUCCAGUGGCGACCACGGCGCAUUCUCCAACCCAGACAGCACUCUGCAGCCAGAGUCGGGUAUGGCGCACACGCGAUACGUUACGCGGAACGAACUGUCGUCGUUGUCACUAGCAGACGUCCUGACCCUAGGCGUCGCGCUCCGCGAGAUGAGCGCAUGCGACCAGAUAUUCAAGUCGUGGAAUGACGACCUCGACAGUGUUGGCUUUGGGAGAGAAACAGACCUUGAAAUACGGGUCCGACACCAGAUCAGCACCCUGCAGGACCGAGCGCAGAUGGCACUCUCUGCUACGGAGAGAAUCGUCGAAACACACGAAUGUUUCAGCCAAAUCAUGGUGGAGCGGCUCCGACGAGCGGCAGAGUCAGGCGGCCGGCUGACUCCAGAUUCCAAAGUCCUCGAGACGGCAAACUCCAUCAAGGAGCAUUCCGCGGAGGUGUCGCGACACGUUGGAUCUAUGUGCGAAACCCUUCGCCACGUCAUGGACACCCUCGAUGAGACGCAGAAGAGAACACCGAGCUUGAAGGAUCAGAUUUUGACGUGGUUGAGAAAGGUGCUCCAGGCACUCACGGUUAUCCUCCAAGUGGCCGCAGUCGUCGCAAACAUCUUUGUGCCGAAUGGAAUCUGGGCCAGUGGUGCCCUAGCUAUUGGAUCAUUCGUUUCUUCUGUGGCAGAAAAGGUCAUAUCUGAGAUGGACAACCGCGGUAUGAUCAACGGAGACUUCCAGCAGAUGCUGCGAUUCUUCCGCGAAAAAAUCCCGCAAGACGUACAACGCGCAGCGGACAGUCUGCAGGUCUUUGAUGCGUGUCACCAAGCGCUCCGGCUGGAGUUGGAGAUACAGGAGAGGGAGCUGCUGACAGUCGACGUCAAUGUUGCUCGGCAAGCGGAGGAGGAUUGGAAACGUACGAACACCCAAUUGCAGCAAGUGGUGCGGAGGCGUUGA